ACCCUGAUGCAUUAAUACAUGUGCAGUGGGAGGUUUUGAAAGCUCUUAUGAUUCUUGUAUUAAGUGUUUAUGAUAUGGAAGAUUUUAUUCGAAUUGCUUACGAGGAAGAGUUGAAUGCUGAGCGUAAUAAGUUUAUGUUUGAUUUAUUCAGAUUGCACAAGACUACUAACGAAGCUAUUCUGGCCAUUGCUCGUUGGGAGAUGAAGUUGGAUGAUUUUAUCCUUCUUCAUGAAUAUGAUGUUAAUAGUCUCUUAGAGAAAAACGUAUUUGUGCAGCAACAGACAACACCACAAGACUUGCUGAUCCAUAAGGAUGUGCGUGUGUCUGAACUCUUAAUCCAAUGUACGGUGAUUGUUAUGAAGCAGUUUCGACCAUUGAAGAGAAAUUAUGCAAUGCACCUAAUGAUGGAAUUGACCCAAGAGAAGUGCCGUGGUAUCACUAAUGUUCUAUUGCUGGAGCCUUGGGGGUGCUUCGAUUUCUUGGAGCUGCAUAGGCUUGAGCCGCCUGUCCAAUUUGUUGGGCUUGAUGUACUUGCUUGUCAAAUACUUGAAGCCAUGGACCAGUUAAUAGAAUGGAAAGGGCUUGAGUUACACAAGUCCAUGAAAUCAGCUACAUUUCCCUUGCGGUCAGGUGUCUUUGGAAAUUGUACAGAAGAGGUAAUUGAGGUUGUUGGACAUGCUGACUGUGCAAGAAGGUCAGAAGGACAUCGUUUUAUUGGCUCACAUCAUCUUUUAUUGGGCCUGCUUCGCACAAGGAUUAGAGGAAGUGUCUUGAAGUUUGUGCAGUUACGACAAGCUCUUGAGGAACCUGCGAGAAAUCCUAGGUAUCGCAUAUACGGGACAGCACAGUGUUUAGCUGGUGUUGACAAAAUACAACUUGAACACCUGUUUUUAGCAAUUAUGUUCUUAGAGCUUGGGAGAAAUUUUUUUUCUUUGGGAGACGAAAUAAUUGCGAUUAUAGAACAAGAAGAUUUGUCUAUGGAUGAGUGCGUCCUCAAACUUGGCAACCUGUGCUUGCUUGAAGGACUUAAAUGUGCCCCGCAAAAGGAAGAUUUGUCAAUAAAUGAGCCCAUCCUCAAACUUGGCAAGCUGUGCAUGCUUGAAGAACUUGAAAUUGAUCCGGGAAAGGAUUUCCGAAGCAACAGCUUGGACAAUAACAAAAAUGCAUGGAAUGCUGGCUUGAGUAGCAAAAGAUUUGAUGUGUUCUUAGAAGGUCUAUUGAAGCUCACUAGAAGACAAGCUGGAAAGACUUCUAAGGGCAGUGUUUGGGGUUUUAUAAGUAGUGUUUCCAAAUUCUGGGAGCCACAAGCUCUCAAGCUUCGUGUCUAGCAGGACUCUUAUGCACUUUAGCAAAGGAGUUAAUGAAUACAUAGUCCUAAUAAUGAGAUGGUGGGCAAAUUAUACCAUUUCAUUGGUUGGGCACAUGAACACGUACUCUAUGUGAGCUAUUAAAUAACUUCUGGUAUAUUGUUGUAUUGUGUAUUUA